AUGGCGCCACUCAACCCCAACACUGCGAAGAGGAAGGCCACAGGCACCCUAAAAUCUGCCAAGUGCGGUGUGGCCAAGAGGGUUCCAAAGAACCCGAAGAGGGGAGGCACCAGGUCCUCACCUACAGCCGAUGAAGGGGAUCUACAAGACAGGAUCAACACUCUUCCAGACGACAUGCUCUGCUGCAUUCUUACCCUACUCGGUGUCCAUGACGCUGCGCGGACGACCGUGCUGUCAAAGCGUUGGCAACACCUAUUCAGGUCGCCGGAGUGCCAAUCCGAUACCAUUGAUGACAAAUACGUGUGGCAUGCACAGCGCCAGCUCAACACUGAUUCCUCUUGGUCCAUGUGGGAGUGGCGUUGCCCUGGAAUCACCUCCGCCCUCCUUGCAUCCCUUGCCAGGCCUCGCCGGAUUUGCCGAUUCAUUAUCCAGCAGACGCUUCCUUGGGACAGCGAGCUUUCCUUGUGGCUCAAAACGCUGUCCCAAGGAGGGGUGGUCGAGGAGAUUGUCCUCGAGAUGCCGUAUCUACAGGUUUGCCUACCUCACUUCAUCUUCAAUUGCAGUUCCCUCCGGUCGCUGAGCCUCUCCUGUUUGCGGUGGCCUCUCAUCGAUGUCCCAAAUGGAGUCCCGGCCGGCUAUAUCCCAUCAUGGAUGCUCCCAUUCCUGGUGGAGCUUACCUUGAACUACAUGGACAUGACCACAAGGGACACCGAGGACCUGCUGCGGCGGUGCCCGGCGCUGCUGAGCCUGUCGAUCUGCUACUCUCUCCAUGUCCAGGAUAGGAGCCUCUUGAAUUGUGAUCCAAAUCCCGUUCGAGGUAGCCAGAGCCUGACAAUCCGGUGCGAGAACCUCCUGAACCUGACCAUCCAGGACGGUGUCGUAGCCUCUAGCUACGACGACGAGGUCAGCAUCGUGCACGCGCCCAAGCUUGAACGCCUGCUGUUGGUGUUUGACCCUCUGUGA